AUGAUCCACGGAGAAAAGAAGAGCGAUUCGUAUUUUGAAUUUUUCUUAGAGGAAAACAUAAUGCAAGAUAUCAUUAGCAUUAUCAAGCAAAACCGAAGUAACAAAAUCAAGAUCCAGAUCAUACAAACAAUUUCCAUCCUCAUUCAGAACAUCAAAAACCGAACCUCUUUAUUUUUCAUCUUGUCAAACAACCACAUCAACGAUUUGAUCACUACACCCUUGGAUUUCUUGGAUGAAGAUGUCGUGUCUCAGUAUAUUUCGUUUUUGAAACUUCUCUCCAUGAAUCUCACUCCAGAUACUGUACAAUUCUUCUAUAAUUAUACAAAAUCGGCUGAUUCUUUCCCCCUAUUCUCUAUCUGUAGCAAGUUCUAUGACCAUCCCGAGCCCAUGGUUCGAAUUGCUGUUCGAACCAUCACAUUGAAUUGUUUGAAAGUGAACGACAAGAACAUCGUGAAGUACAUGAGCCAGCCCAGCACAUUGAAGUACUUCAAGAAGCUGGUCUACUACGUGAUUUCGUUAGUGGUAACCAUGAACAGCAUGGUGGAAUCGAACAGCUUUGCUCGUGUUGGAGAAAUUAGCAACAACAUCAUCGACCAACUCUUAUUCCUGCAGGAUGUGCUCAAUAUUCAGGUGCCUUGCGUGAACGACUAUUUGAAGGACGUUCUAGUGAAGGAGUUUUUCACUCGCUACUGCUACGAAGUGAUUCAGCCUGACUGCAAUAUGGUAAAAAUGAAAAAGAGAAAACUGAGCCGUAGCCGUUGA